AAAAACGUAAAAUACGAGUACUUUCAGAGAUUCAAAAACAGGAACAAAUAAUGAGAAAUUGAAAAUAUAAUGUACUUUUUAUAGUGUUAAUGUCCUUCACCACGACAACUUUGUCCUUCAUGCCUUUUUCCAAUGUCCCCAAUGCUCCCACAAUCUUCAUCUCUUUUUUCAAUAGUUCUUAUAGGAGCUGCUUGGGAAAUAGCAACAAGUAACAAGAGGAUUGCGAGAAGCAAAUUUAAUUUCAUGAUGUUUAAGGAAGAAGGAAGUAAUUUAUGGUAUGGGAUUAAGGGAGAAGGAAGUAUUUUAUGAUAUGGGAUUAAGGAGAAGGAAGUGAUUUAUGGUAUGGGAUUAAAGAAGAAGGAAGUGUUUUAUGAUAUGGGAUUAAGGGAGAAGGAAGUGAUUUAUGGUAUGGGAUUAAAGGAGAAGGAAGUGUUUUAUGGUUUGGGAUUUUGAAAGUUGUUGUG